AUGAUCCCCCAACUCCUGACCCUGUUCUGCGUUGGGCUGUGUGUUGGCCAAGAAGACACAGGAAGAGAUGAGUCACUUCCCAAGCCCUCCCUCCGUGCCUGGCCCAGCCCGGUGGUACCUGCCCAGAGCAACGUGACCCUGCGAUGCCAGACUCCCACCAAGGAUGUCAACUUUGUUCUCAGAAAGGGAAGAGAUGUCUUGGAGAGCCUGAAACCACCUCACUCCACAGAGGGCCUGGCUGAAUUUCACCUGACUCAUCUCAACUCCAGACACGCUGGCGAGUACUCCUGUGAGUACUACAGGAAAGGGCACCCCCGCACAGGUUCACAGCCCAGUGACGUCCUGCUACUACUGGUGACAGGAUAUCUGCAAAAACCUUCCCUCCAAGCCCACCAAAGGGGUGUAGUGGCCAAAGGAGAAGACGUGACCCUGCAGUGCCAGAGGCCAGACACUGCAAGUGGGACUAUGUUUGCUCUCCUGAAGGCAGGAGCUUCAAUGUCCGUACAGCUCCAGAGUUCAGAGGAGAAGAAGGUGGACUUCUCCCUUCGGAACGUGACAGUCAACAACACAGGGAACUACAGCUGUGUCUACUACCAGACAGAGUCCCCUUUCCAGGCCUCACACCCCAGUGAUCCCCUUGCGAUCUGGGUAACAGGUAAAAAUGGAGGAAAGUCUUCCAAGAGAGCAAAAACAGGGUCGGUGACCACUGGAAUCAUCCUCACUGCCGUCUUCACCUUGCUCUCCUUCCUCGCCUGCGUCCUCAUCUACAGAUACAGCCGGUGCCGACCAGAUCCCGACAAGAGGACCAAGAGAGUUCCUUCCUUGGUUCCUUUCCGUGUGGACCACAUCGCCCCCAACCCCUUCCUCCUCCUCCCUCUCAAGACUUUCUGGAGCAUCCGAAUGACUUCGGGAGCUUAA